AUGGCUCCGCGACCUCGAGCCAACGGCGUGGAUACGGACGCGUCCAUGUCUGAUGCUCCGGAGCAUCCUCAUGCUGAGGAAAUGGAGGUUGAUGAGACUCCCGACUAUACCGAUUCCGACACCAACCCCAACACCACAGCUAGCAGCGUAGCUGGUGAGCCCCUCACAGAUGGUAGGAAGCGACGUAGCGAGGCGAAUCAAUUGCGUCGGAGCAUCUUCGGAAAGAAGCAUGACCGCCUUGGAGAAUCAAAGGAAGAUGAUACCAUUCGAAGAUUUCGAUACUUGCUCGGCCUUACCGAUCUCUUCCGGCACUUUAUCGAGACGAACCCCGACCCUAAAAUCCGUGACAUUAUGGCCGAGAUCGAUCAUCAGAAUGCCGAAGCUGCUCGAGGCAAGAAGGGCGCUGGAAGAAAAGGUGGCGCCACGAGUGAUCGACGGCGACGAACGGAGGCCGAGGAAGACGCGGAACUCUUGAGCGACGAGAAGCAUGGUGGAUCCGCAGAUACAGUCUUCAGAGAGUCACCCUCGUUUAUCCAGGGUACCAUGAGGGAUUACCAGGUUGCAGGCCUCAACUGGCUCAUUUCGCUGCAUGAAAACGGCAUUUCAGGCAUUUUGGCCGAUGAAAUGGGCUUGGGUAAAACUCUGCAGACCAUCUCCUUUCUGGGCUAUCUCCGCCACAUCAUGGGUAUUACUGGUCCCCACCUUGUGACGGUGCCCAAGUCGACGCUCGACAACUGGAAGCGAGAGUUUGCAAAGUGGACCCCCGAAGUCAAUGUGCUGGUGCUUCAAGGUGCAAAGGAUGAGCGUCACGAACUCAUCAACGAGCGUCUUGUUGACGAGAAGUUUGACGUUUGCAUUACGAGCUACGAAAUGGUCCUGAGAGAAAAGGCACAUCUCAAGAAAUUUGCUUGGGAGUAUAUCAUCAUUGACGAGGCACAUCGCAUCAAGAACGAAGAGUCAUCUCUCUCGCAGGUCAUCCGACUCUUCAACUCCCGUAACCGACUGCUCAUUACCGGCACCCCGCUGCAAAACAACUUGCACGAGCUCUGGGCUCUCCUCAACUUCCUCCUGCCCGACGUCUUUGGCGAUGCUGAUGCGUUCGACCAAUGGUUUUCAGGACAAGACCAGGAUCAAGACAAGGUGGUGCAACAGCUGCAUCGAGUUUUGCGUCCGUUCUUGCUCCGACGUGUCAAGAGUGAUGUUGAAAAGAGUCUUUUGCCGAAGAAAGAGGUCAACGUGUACCUGGGCAUGUCCGAGAUGCAGGUCAAAUGGUACCAGAAGAUUUUGGAAAAAGAUAUCGAUGCCGUCAACGGUGCUGGAGGCAAGCGGGAGUCCAAAACUAGGCUUUUGAACAUUGUUAUGCAGCUGCGAAAGUGCUGCAACCAUCCCUAUCUCUUCGAAGGUGCUGAGCCGGGUCCUCCCUACACAACUGACGAGCAUCUGAUCUACAACGCUGGCAAGAUGAAGGUCCUGGACAAGUUGCUAGGACGACUUCAGAAGCAGGGGAGCAGAGUCUUGAUCUUUUCACAAAUGAGUCGACUGCUCGAUAUUUUGGAGGAUUAUUGCGUCUUUAGGCAGUAUAAGUAUUGCCGUAUUGACGGUGGUACUGCUCACGAGGACCGAAUUGCAGCCAUCGACGAUUACAACAAGCCUGGAUCAGAAAAGUUUGUCUUUUUGCUCACGACGAGAGCUGGUGGCCUGGGCAUCAACUUGACCACGGCCGACAUUGUCAUUCUCUACGAUAGUGAUUGGAACCCGCAGGCCGAUCUGCAGGCCAUGGACCGCGCACAUCGUAUCGGACAGACUAAGCAAGUCGUAGUGUACAGAUUCGUCACUGAUAAUGCGAUUGAAGAAAAGGUCCUUGAGCGAGCGGCCCAGAAACUGCGACUCGACCAAGUCGUCAUUCAGCAGGGCCGUGCCCAGGUUGCGGCCAAGGCCGCUGCAAACAAGGAUGAACUCCUGUCCAUGAUUCAACAUGGUGCCGAGAAAGUAUUCCAGUCAAAAAGCUCUACGGACGAAGCAGCAAACAAAGACAAGGAACUGGACGAUGAGGAUAUCGAUGAAAUCUUGACUCGGGGCGAGUCCCGUACCAAGGAGCUGAAUGCCAGGUACGAAAAGCUUGGUAUCGAGGAUCUUCAGAAAUUCACUUCCGAAUCUGCUUACGAGUGGAAUGGAGAAAACUUUGCAGCUACAAAGAAGAACAUCGGCAUGAACUGGAUUAAUCCAUCGAAGCGAGAACGCAGGGAACAGAGCUACUCGAUGGACAAAUACUUUAGACAGGCCAUGUACCCUAACCCCAAGACUGAUGCCAAGCCAAAGGCUCCCCGUGCGCCGAAGCAGGUACCAGUUCACGAUUACCAGUUCUACCCUCCCCGACUGCAGGAUCUGCAGGACAGAGAGACUGCCUUCUAUCGGAAGGAGAUUGGAUACAAGGUUCCAUUGCCUGAUGGAGACGAUGAUAACUUGUCCGAGCGCGAGGCUGAGAGAGCACUCGAGCAGCAGGAGAUUGACACUGCUACACCUCUCACAGAGGAAGAGCGAGCUGAAAAGGAGGAGCUUUCUAAUCAAGGUUUUGGCCACUGGAACCGUCGUGAUUUCCAGCAGUUUAUCAACGGAUCGGGGAAAUAUGGCCGCAACGAUUACCAGGGCAUUUCCAAUGAGAUUGAUAGCAAGACGACGGCGGAAAUCCGGGCUUAUGCCAAGGUGUUCUGGCAGCGAUACACGGAAAUUUCCGACUAUCCCAAGUACAUCAAAGUUAUCGAAGAUGGUGAGGAGCGCACCAGGCGCAUCGACCAUCAAGGCAAGCUCCUUCGGAAGAAGAUGCAGCAGUAUCGCGUUCCUCUCCAGCAACUGAAGAUCAAUUACUCAGUCUCAACCACUAACAAGAAGGUCUACACCGAAGAAGAGGAUCGGUUCCUGUUGGUUCUUCUCGACCGCUAUGGCAUCGACUCCGAGGGCCUCUAUGAAAAGAUGCGAGACGAGAUCCGUGACUCUCCUCUUUUCCGCUUCGAUUGGUUUUUCCUGAGCCGCACGCCUAUUGAGCUGUCGCGACGAUGCAACACACUGCUCACAACUAUCGUGAAGGAGUUUGAGGACGGCCCUGGAACCGGAAAGAAUGGGGUCAAUGGCAAGUCCAAGCGCGAUCUGGACGAGGAGAAUGAUGAGGAUAGCAUCCUGAGCAUGGCACCGGCAAAGAAGAAGUCUAAGAAUGGCGUCAAGAAUAAGGCUCUUGACAACGUCAAGUCAAAGUCCAGCAAAGCCAGCUCAGCUUCCCCUUCAAGAGCCUCCAGCGUCGCUUCCAACGCUAACUCCGUUGCCGGUGGCUCUUCCAAGGGCAAGAAGACCAAGACCGCGGGUCGAAAGAAGAAAUGA